CGCCGCCCGCAGCCGGGAAACGCGGCCCGAGCGAGGCGCGGGCUGUGGGGCCGCCGCGUGCCCGGCCCCGCUCGCCCGUGCCCGCCGCCAGCCCGCCAUGCCCGGCUUCGACUACAAGUUCCUGGAGAAGCCCAAGCGGCGGCUGCUGUGCCCACUGUGCGGGAAGCCCAUGCGCGAGCCUGUGCAGGUGUCUACUUGUGGCCACCGCUUCUGCGACACCUGCCUGCAGGAGUUUCUCAGUGAAGGAGUCUUCAAAUGCCCUGAGGACCAACUUCCUCUGGACUAUGCCAAGAUCUACCCAGACCCAGAGCUGGAGGUCCAGGUGUUAGGCUUGGCUAUCCGCUGCAUCCACAGUGAGGAGGGCUGCCGCUGGAACGGGCCACUUCGUCAUCUACAGGGCCACUUGAACACUUGCAGCUUCAAUGUAGUCCCCUGCCCGAAUCGCUGCCCAGCCAAGCUGAGCCGGCGUGAUCUGCCUGCUCACCUGCAGCACGACUGCCCUAAGCGCCGCCUCAAAUGUGAAUUCUGUGGCUGUGACUUCAGUGGGGAGGCCUACGAGAGUCACGAGGGCGUGUGCCCCCAAGAGAGUGUGUACUGUGAGAACAAGUGUGGGGCCCGCAUGAUGAGGCGACUGUUGGCCCAGCAUGCCACGUCUGAGUGCCCCAAGCGCACCCAGCCCUGUGCCUACUGUACCAAGGAAUUUGUUUAUGACACCAUCCAGAGCCACCAGUACCAGUGCCCACGCCUGCCUGUUCCCUGCCCCAACCAAUGUGGAGUGGGCACUGUGGCCCGGGAAGACCUGCCCACCCAUCUGAAGGAUAGCUGCAGCACUGCCUUUGUUCUCUGCCCUUUCAAAGAGUCUGGCUGUAAGCACAGGUGCCCUAAGCUGGCAAUGGGACGUCACGUGGAGGAGAGCGUAAAGCCACAUCUGGCUAUGAUGUGUGCCCUGGUGAGCCGGCAGCGGCAAGAGCUGCAGGAGCUGCGAAGAGAACUGGAAGAGUUAUCCAUAGGCAGCGAUGGAGUGCUCAUCUGGAAGAUUGGCAGUUAUGGGCGUCGUCUACAAGAGGCCAAGGCCAAGCCUAACCUGGAGUGCUUCAGCCCAGCCUUCUAUACUCAUAAGUACGGCUACAAGCUGCAGGUAUCUGCAUUCCUCAACGGCAACGGCAGUGGUGAGGGCACACACCUCUCCAUCUACAUCCGCGUCUUGCCGGGCGCCUUUGACAAUCUCCUUGAGUGGCCCUUUGCCCGCCGGGUCACCUUCUCCUUACUGGAUCAGAGUGACCCAGGUUUGGCUAAGCCCCAGCAUGUCACUGAGACCUUCCACCCUGAUCCAAACUGGAAGAACUUCCAGAAGCCUGGCACGUGGCGAGGCUCCCUGGAUGAGAGUUCUCUGGGCUUCGGCUACCCCAAGUUCAUUUCCCACCAGGACAUCCGAAAGCGGAAUUACGUGCGGGAUGAUGCGGUUUUCAUCCGUGCCUCUGUCGAACUGCCCCGGAAGAUCCUCAGCUGAGAGUAGAGCCUUUUGGCUUCAAGUGGGAAGGGAGGUGGGACCGGAUCUCAGGCACUGGCUGAAACUGGAUUGGGGGCCGGACCUCCUUUCAGCUUCUUUUGCCUAGGCUGUUAGCCCACUCCCUACCAUCACCACCAUCCCUACCCCUCAGGUGCCUCCAAUUGGUGCUUCAGCCCUGGCCCCUGGGGGGAGCAGGUCUCGGGGUUAUCAAGGGCUGGAAACACGAUCCCAGGGCCUGUCUCCCCUCCUGGGCAGGGCAGACAUGCCUUGAUGCCAGCCACAUUCUACCUGGACUGAGGUGCCUGCUCAGGUGCUAUGUCCCAAGAGCCAUAGUGGGGGUGGGAGGUAUUGGCAAAGGGAGGGGUCGGGGUAGUUAGAAGAGUCUGCCUUGAGAUUAACUUCUCUUUCCAUUCACCCAGUGGUGCCCUCUCUGGUUAUUUAUUUCUCUAGUGCUAGGUGGGCACAGCAGGGGAACUCUGAUUUUUAAUAAAUCCUGAAUUGUAUUUAUUAACCUGA